AUGCCGCUCUCACGAGCCCGUCGGCAGUCCCGACGAGGUCCUCAAUCGCUGCCGGCUACACAAGAGGAAUCAGAGAUGCCGCCCACCUACCCUCGCGAUCCAAGCACGCAGCCGGCCGAGUCACAGCUUCAUAAUAGUCGGGGCUGGCAUUGGACUGACGAGCAGACGUUAUACUUCCUUCAGAAGCUCCUGGAGGCUCGUCGAGACGGCGAAUUGAAUGUGAAUAAAGUCAUGCCAUACCGACGUGUAUUGGAGAGCUUUAUUCCCGGCUUCCAAGAGAGAUGGGGGUCUGAUAUGUGGGGAUAUGAGACGUUGAAGAAUAAGCUGAGGAAUCUAAAGGGAUUCUGGCGUGUUUUUCGUGAUGCUGCUGACCUCUCGGGCACGGAGUAUGACGAAGAUACUGGGCGGCUUUAUAUGAGUCGAUCUAACGCCAAGAAGGUCAGGGAUAGGAAUCCUCAUCAUGGGAAUAAAGUCAUUAGCGACGGACUUCUUAUCGGUCCUUAUAUCUCCUUUGAUUCAUGGGGGGAGAUCUUCUCAGAUGACCCGCCGGCAGGUCGUCUUAUCACCGCAGCGACAGACGAGCGGGCAUGGGGAGGGCACGCAGGAAGUGCGGCAGAAGCUCAAGAUUCGGAUGCCCUGAUGGCCGACGACGAUGAAGAAGAAGAAGAAGAGGAGGAGGACGAAAUUGAAGUCGAUAUUGAAGAGGAGGCAGGGAAUAGACUGAAUAGUCUGCCGCAGAGUCAGCCACAGAGUCAACUUCCUAAUUCCUUGCAACUUCCCGACUCUCUGCUCGAAGGGGGGGGAUUCACAACCGAUUCCUGCGUCGCCUCGCACGUCUCAUACGCCGGCAAUAAGGUUAACUCCUUCUUCCACACGCCUGCGAGAGCGGCAACGUACCGCUAUCUCUGA